AUGAACUCCGGCGUGAUGACCACCGGCCGGAAGUUGAGAUUGGAUAGGACGGUGGCUAGCUUGAGCAUGGGCCUCACGUGGCCUUGGGCUGGGAGGCGUCUUCUGGUCAUCCUUCGCCGCCCGAUCCCCCGUCGGAAUGAUACGAUUUACAGCCGCCGUCGCAUCGCCGCUACUGUGCCCCUCUGGUCAGUCCACUUCCAUUUGCCAUCGCCUUCAAAUUACUCUAAUACAUAUAAUACGAUGAUCGAUGCUUAUUGUAAAUUGGGCGAUGCUGGUUUGAGGUCGGACGCGAAUACUUUCGCCUCUUUCAUCUUAGACUCGAUUGUCAAUGCUUUAUGUAAAAAGGGGAGUGUUGAUAAGCGUAUAUAUGUUGUGUUUAACUCCCUCAAAGAGAAGACUGUAAAGGGUACGGACACUUCCUUCCUUCUUGCUUAUUGUAACCAAGGAAUGUUGAAAGAAGCUGAGGAUAUAAAUCCAUGGUUAGUUUCGGGUACGAACAAUCUCAUUACACCUAUUCUGUUCUAA